AUGACUUCCAGGAGGACAGGCUAUGCUGGUAGCAUGGACUCCUCUCCAUCAAACAGCGGCAGCAGCAGCUCUGUCCACACCGGGAACCGUAAACAGAGUAUCAUAAACAUUCCCGACAGGACCGGGGUGGAGUCCUGUUACAGUAGGAAAGCAGACAAAGUGGUUUACGGAGCCUCUCAGGGCAGCAUGACAGUCACAUCCCUGAAAUCCCGCCUCGCCCCGACCAUUCAGACAGCAAUGUCCGCUGCUGUGGACACUCUGCUGGGUGAAGUGGUGCUCGUACUCAACGAGACUCAACAAGAGCUGAUGCACAAGGAGCAGGAAAAUGAGAGACUGAAAGUUCGCCUGGAGGUGUCCGAGAGGGAGUUAAAGACUUUGCAGGAGUGUCUGUGCAGCGCCCAGAAGCUCAUAGACCAGCUCCAGAUCUCCUACACAGGCACACAGACCAUUAGUCAGUCUGUUUUUGCUCCUUCGUUGUCUUCCAUGACUUCAAUGACCUCAGGCUUGGAUAGGGACCACCAGAACUCCAGAAAUGUGAAUGGAGCCGGGGUUGAUUUGGGUCUCGGCGGCUCUGUGGAUGAAUCACUUCAUGGGUUUGAACCCAGAGAUGACUACAAAAUGUGCCAGCUUUCAAUUCAACCGGAUGGCUCUGUGACGAACCACGCUCUGGAUUUUGCGUCAAACACGUCUCACAUGUGCUCGGAUUCCAGCAGACCAGGUAAAUAUUCAGUGUGUGUUGUCUGGGUUGGGACUGGGCGAUUUAACAAAAAAAAAAAGAUCACGAUAUAUUUUGUCAUACCGUCCGAUCUCGAUUAUUAUCGCGAUUUUUUGUUAACUGCAUGUUUUAAAGCAUCUGUACUAAAAACUAAAGAAACCAGAGAUUAGUUCAACAUUUUAUUAACAUACAAAGUAAAUAACAAAACAAAUUGAAUAAGAUACACUUAGAAAAAUAUAUUUAAAAAAAAUAACUCAACAGAACAACAAUUGUAGAUAAAUACUAAAUAAUACAGUCAUCUAGUUUACAGUCCUGAGUGUUUUUGCAGGUAUGCAAGACUAGAUGUUGACGCCUUCAAAUGUAAACAUUAGUUGAUGUAAAUGACUUUGGUAGUUGUGGCUAAACUGCUGCUAAACUGCUAAACAGCCUGUCAGCAGUGACAGGCUGUACAGACUCCACUCAUAUUUUCACGCUUUCCGCAUAAUCACUCGGGAAAUACUUCUUCAAAUGCUUCAACAGAUUUGUUGUGUUGACGGUUUUUGAGGGCAUCAAUUGCGGACAUACCUCGCUCAUCGGCUUAAAUACUCGACGUCACUUUGGACCCACUGAGCAUUUUUUGGUGUAUGUAUGUAGCCUAGACGACUGGCCUAAGAUUAGGCUACCACAGUUCUAAAAAUGAUAGUUUUUUUAAGACGUCUAAAUUUAGACCAAGUUUAGACCAAGUCUAAAUCUGGGCUAUAUCUAUACUACACUGAUAUCAGUUAUGCGACUCACAGUUGCUUUUUGAAAUGAAUAACAAUCGAAUAAUGGGUUAAAGUGUAACAUCUAAAUUCCGUCUAAAAAUAUACAGAAUCUAGAGGGUUGAAAUCAGGUCUAAAAAAAACCUAGACAUCUAAUAGCCGUCUAUUGCGCAGUAGGGAGAUACCCGAACCACCGCUACACAACCGACGUUGAAUAACUCCUCAACAAUAACAUCUCCGGAGAAUGACUCAAAGUCAUGGCUGACAACUAUCUUGCUGCCCUCAGCUCCGCGUUUAGCUCCAUGUUCGGUCAUUCUGUUUACUUCUCCGGUAACUUACAGAAGUGAGCAGGAAAAGCUCGACUCUGAUUGGCUGUUGUGACGCACAUUUCCUCUAUGUUCGAUCGAGUUAAUAUGCUCUGAGCUGAUCACUGUGAUCGAACUGAAAUUUAUCACGAUCAUCGAUCAAAAUUUUAUAAUCGCCCGGUCCUAGUCUGGGUUAUUGUCAGUAUUCUCUAAAUUGUUCUGUUGCAGUGUUUCCCUUAUGACCAUCUCUGUGUGUUUUGAUUUGUAUCCAGAUGAGAGGCAGUCUCAAGGACCAGGUGGUGCAUCCAGGUUUGAGAUCAAAGAGGAGCAGGGACCCUCUUCAGUCCCUGCUCAGUCCGGUAGGAAGGACCAGGGUUUGCGCAGUGACAACAGAGUCGGCGAUGAUGAUCAAUCUUCUCACAACAUGGGUGACCUCGGCUACGUUCAGGUUGGAGAAGAGGGAGGUUCCCAGCGUUCCUUCACUCAGCCUCUGCGACACCAAAGACCUGUUCGAGACUGCAGCGGUGAUUUGCAGCAGGCUGUGCUUGAUGGACAGAAACAGUUGGCUAGGACUUCUGGAUCUGGGAGAGGAGACAGUGUUUCACCAGGCAGAGCAGAGGACUCAGCGGGUCCUUCAGUCUCUGACACAACAGGGGAGCCCUCUGGAGAUCGACCUCAUCACUGCUUGGAAUGCGGGAAGACUUUCCGUCUGAUCUCCAGCUUGAAGAAGCACAUCCGUAUACACACGGGAGAGAAGCCCUACCCCUGUGGAGUGUGCGGCCGUCGCUUCCGUGAGUCAGGGGCCCUCAAAACUCACCUACGUAUACACACAGGUGAGAAGCCGUACUCUUGCUCCGAGUGCGGAAACUGCUUCCGCCAUUUGGACGGGUUGCGCAAACACAGGCGCACGCACACUGGAGAGAAACCCUAUGUGUGUGCCAUCUGCGGGAAGCGCCUGAGCCGUUUGCAGCACCUCAAACAUCACCAGCUCAUCCACACCGGAGAGAGACCGUGCUGCUGCCCGUUCUGCAACCGCAGCUUCAAAGAGCCGGCAGCACUGCGGAAACACAUCCGCACGCACCGCGAGGAAGGCAGCCACAUGGGAAUCGGUGCCAAUGAGGACACCGACCCAGACGCCAUAGACGACAUAAACAACCUUCACCCUGCAGCCCCGUCUCCUCAGAUGAGGUUCGGGGAGUGGGGAGCUGAGGAGGACGACAGCUCUGUUGUGGACUGUGUUUAG